AAGGAAGUCGCGAGUCAGUCGCGGACGUAUGGGGAGAUUGUGGAAGAAAAGUUACUGCAGAGGAACAGCGCGGCGAGGAGGAAGCAGCGGGACAGAGCCAACAGGCGGGAUGGAGAAGAUGAGGAAGAUGAGAUUGAGGAGGAGGCAAGGGUCAGCGCGUCAGUGGGCUGGUCGCUCAAGCAGGUCGAGCCGGCUUCAACCACGACCUCGGGGGUGAUCGCCAUUCCCAUUGGGGAGAAGGAAAGAUCAAGAAAGUGGACGGGGAGAGGAGGAGGGAACAAUCGCCGGAUGGUCUACGAGGAAGAGGAGGACGGAGAGGAUGAACAGGAGGACGUCCCGUCGAGGAGCCAGGGGAGAGCUCCGGCCCCUGCUGCUCAUCACAAGGGAGCGCAGGAAGCUGGUCGAUCCUCUUCCAAUCGGGCGGCUGAAAACGUGAGCGAAGGGAAGCACAGAGCAAGCGCGGGGGGGCAGGAGAGAGGGCGAGGAGAACGAGGGGCAGCAGCUCGAGUGAAAUCUCCGACAGGAGGUGCAGAGAAGAUGAGGGUGAGAAAGCCAGAGGCUGCUGCCCUCCCUCCUCCUCCGCGGCAUAACGAGGAGGAGCCGAGCGGCGUCACGUCAGCGCGUGUCAAGAGCUCGAGGUCGAGUAUCCCGCGAUUGCACGGACGACGAGGGAAGAGGGAGGAGGAGGAAGCGAAGCCUGUCAGUGACUCGGUGGCAGUAUAGAGAUAAGAGGCUUGUUCGUGCGACUCUUUCCUAUCAAUACUCCUCCUACUCCAUCG